CCCGAAACAGAAGAGGACGAUACAACAACACCAUAUAAAGCAGCAGCAGCAACAACAACAACACCGCCACCACCAAGAGUAGGCGAAACUAUUCAUUAUGUUUUUUUUUUGUUUUGUUCAGCCAAGUCACUUCACACAACAGACAGAGCGGCCAGUCAGCCAGCCAGCCAACAGUACCAGUUUCGACUCCCAACUCAUGUAAAUUGGAAUCCAGUACUGUGCCGAAAAUCUUAUAGAUACCUUGUGUUCCCGGUUGGAAUUUUUCGCAUAAAAAUUAAGGUUAAACAAAAAAAGAAGAAAAAUCAGAAAGAAAAGAGCAAAGCAAAAAAUGAAUUCAAGAGAAUUGAAUGAUUGAGUGUUUGUGCAACGCGUUUUGUGUUGCCAUUUAGGCAGCAAAACAAGAAAUAAUUAAGAAAAAAUAAUAGCAAUAAUAACAACAACAAAAUGCAUUCAAUAAGUUUAUAAAACAAGACGAAAAAAAAUCGCAAAGAAAAAAACCUCAAGCUGUUGGUAGUGUCGCUCGCGUCUCCGUCGUUAUCCAUUGCCCUGCAAUGUCGUAAAAAUGUGAAAAUUCGUAGCUACAUUGUAAAGCUAGUGUACGGCCAAAAGGUGCGGAUCGGAGCAAGUUCCAAAAAUUAUCAAAGCAGCAUUGAAAAUUACAUUAAAAAAAUAAUGAAAAAUAAAUAUCCAGAAAAAAAUAUAAAAUCGAAAUACGAUUUGUGCAAUAUACAUAUUUUCAACAACAAAAAAUAACAUGGAAAAUUCAAGAAAAUGGAAGAUAAUCAUAUACACGAAGUGAAUCUCAUAUAAGUGAAAUCAAUUGUGAAAAAGAAAUACUUGUGAAAUCGGUUAAGAGAGAUCAAUGAUGGCUUUUCUUCCGUGCAGAAGAAAAUAGUACAUCCUUAAGUGAAAUAAAAACAUCAGAAAUCCCUCCCCCACAAAAUUAUUAUUAAUGGGCCCCGCAAAGGAAUAACCACACAAAUAUUAAAGAAUUUCCUGACAUCCCCCGUUUACGGAUUUAUUUCGUUUUCUUUCUCCCUUUCCCUCUGGCAUCGGUAAUGAAAAAGACACCGCUUAAUAAAGGGGGUCACAUGUAAAGGGGGAUGGGACCUAAACGCCGUUUAUCUGUUGCUGAGCGACAGCAACGUUCAAGUACGGUAGCCAGUACGACAGCAGCAGCGGCGGCAUCAGCAACAACAGCUUCGGCCAAAAAACAACGUCCCGCCACCGGCAGUGCCAGUCAAUCGCCAGCUUCACGUAAACCUUCGGCCAAAACUGGAAACACUGCAGCUCCAGCUUCCACCUCGGCGGCUGGGACACCCAACAAAAAGGAUAACACAAAAACUGUGUCACCCUCCAAAAAGAAUCCAAAAACUGGCAGUGGGAAAGAUAAAACCGAUCCAGAGCCGGUAACAUCAUCGCCCAGCAAAGACGCUUCCAAGCUACACGAACGUUCGAAGAGUAAAGAAAAACCCAAAGGGGAAGAAGAGAAAAAGAGCACAACGCGAGCUUCGUCCAGAGAGAAUGUCAAGAAGACAUCGACGGAGAAUAAUGAAACCCAUCCACUCAAGUCACAAAAAGAGGAACUAAAAAAACAAUUGGAAAAAGACAAAGAAGAUUCGCGCAAAGAAGGCCCUCAGAGUUCCAAUUCCAGUACCAUAAGUUCCGUGGAGUCCUCCGGCAAGAGUCAGGACAAAAAGGAUGGCAAACACAAGGCCAUUAGUAAAAUGCUUAAGAACUUAGAUAUAAAAAUAAGUGGAUUUGAUAAUAUCCUGCCCAAGGAACAAAAUAUCCAGGAGCUGGGUAUGAAAUCGUCGAUAUCGGAAAAUGUCAAAACAAAGUCACGGGCGGCAGCUGUCAAAGUUAUAGCCACCUUGAGUAACAAUAACAAACCGCUGAAGAGGCCUAAGGUGAGUGAGGAGGACAGGAGGAGAGCACAAAGUUCGAAAGUAAGUGAAAAGGCGAAGGCAGGUGGUAAAGAUAGCCAGGUGGAGAAGAGUGGGAUACAAACGUCUAAAGGAGAGGAGAAAAAAGAGGAGGAGGAAGGUAAAGCGGAGCAGCAAUUGGCGGGUGAAAAGAAAAAGGCCAGAAUGGAAAGCAAUCCAAAGCAGAAAAAAGUGACAAUAGCUAAAGGCAAGGAAGAGAAAUGUAAGGAAGUGGAGGAUAAGCAGGAGUUAGAAGAGCUGCCUAAAGAUGAGAGCAAAAAAGUUGAAGAAAAGGAGACAAAGCAAGAAGCUGUUCAAAGCAAGGAAAUCAAUGAGUCCUCGGAAGUAAAUAAAGAUCAGAAAUGUGAAAAGGAAAGCAGGAAAAUCGAAGAGAAGGAAAACGUGGAGAAGGAUAAAGAAGAAAUCAAAGAAGAGGAAACAAUAAAGACGACUAAGGAAGAAUCUCAAGAAUCAAAGGUGGCUACACCCCAAAAACGAAAAUCUCCAAAACACAAAAUACCGGAGAAGGGGGAAACUCCGGAAAAGGAAACCAAGGAAAUACUCGAAAAGGAAGAAGAGAAAACUAAAAUAGAUGAUAAGGUUAAAGAGGAUGCCAAGGCCGAAGCUACCCCAGUGGAAGAAGAAAAAUCAAAAACUCCCAGUAAAUCUCCCAAAAAAUCUCCCAGUGGUUCCAAUAAGCCCCCAGAGACCCUGGAGACAUCCGAAGAGCUGAACAAAACAAAGUGCAAUAAAUUAGAAGAAUUCUAUGAAGAAGAAAAGGAAGAAAUACUCAAGGUGACCAUAGACUCAAAUACGGAAGAGGUGCAAAUGGAAAUCGAGGAGAUUGCCGUUCAGAAGUCAGAACAAGGGGAUAACUCCAACUCCAAUGGGAAGGAACAACAGCAAUCUAAGGAAGACUCGGAAACUCCAUCAAAAGAGACAACAACAGAAUCAGCUCCAAAGGAAGUCGGUAAAACUCUGAGUUCUGACAAACCUCCCAAGGUGUUGAAGACCCAACCUCCCAAAAUAGCCAACAUCAAGCAGAGGCUACAACCCAAAUACAAGGUAAAUCCCAUUAAACCCAAAAUACCCAAACCGGUUACCAAGAAAUCUCAGUACUCGAAAAUCAUGGCGGCCAAGGCUAAGACGGAAAACAAGGAAGCCACGGCCAAAGAUGAUGAUAUCUAUGCCUUUAAGUCCGGCUCGGAGGAUGAGGAGAACAUACGCAUGGAAUUGCCCACACUUAAGAAUCUUUUGGAAUUCUCGGAGGAAGAAAAGAAGACCCAGAAGAAAUCUACACCUAAAAAAGAGCCGGCAAAGUUCUCCUCACUCAAAGAAAAGGUCAAAAAGGAUGAGGAGAAGGAGGAAAACAAAGAGGAGGAGAAAGAGGUGGAAAAAGAUCCUGAAACGAAAGAGGAGGGUAAGGAGGACCUUGCCAAAGAUGACUUGGAAGUUAAAGAGGAGAAUGAAGAGGAUAACAAGGAAGAAGAAAAUGAGGCAGAAGAAAACGCAGAGGAAGAAGAAGAAAAGAAAGUGGCAAAUAAAAAUCCACCCAAAAAGGAAUUAACCAAAAAGAAAACCCUUGCCCUGAACAAAAAGCUAAUGUCCGCCAAGGUCAAAAAUCUGCAAAAGCAAAAGAACCUGAAAGCUGGCAGGCCGGCAAAAUCGAAACUGGGUAAAAAAUUGGAGAAACCAGCCAAGAAAGUCGGUAAGAAAUCUAAUGGAGAUGAAGAAGAAACGGCGGAAAGUAGUGACUCCGAGGAUGAUAAAAAUCUGAUUGUCUUUAGCCAAAAAAGGCAUCGCAUGGCCUCUUUGAAUGCCCUGGCCAAGGUCCAGUGUCUCUAUGAAAAUGAAUCUCGCACAGCCUAUGAAUUGGGUCUGUCCAAGGCCACAUUAAUGCCGCCAAAGAUACGUACCCUGGACAACAGUGAUGAGGAGAAGGACAAGGAUAAGAAACAGGAGGAUACUCCCACCCCGAAACAAAAGGAAAAGGAUACAGAAAAGGACAAGGAAAAAGAGAAACCCAAGGACCCCCCAACUAGCUCCACAAAAUCGGAGGACAAACCCAAAACCAAGAAGGAGAAAAAGUCCGAAGACCCUUUGAAAAUUGAAGAUGCCGCCAAGGUGGAAAAGGAACCUACAGAACCCAUUGAAGAACCUGUGGGAGAGCUAAAGAGAGAGCAACGCAAUGAUGCCGGAGGAAGAGGCUUUGGCAAAUACUGGGAAUUUGAUAGUGACAGUGAACUGGACGAAAUCGAGCAAACGAGACUCAAAAAGAAAAAGCUGCAAAAGCGGCUGCAAGCCAAGAAAGAAAAGGAAAUGGAAAAGCAACUCAAGGCAAAAGCCAAGGGAGAAGGUGAAUCCAAGGAAUCGGAAACACCCAUUAAAGUCAAACGGAAGUAUACAAAAAUCAAGAAACCCCUUAAGAAAAUGGUCAAACUUAGCACCGGUAGUUCGGCGGAGGAGGGUAAUUCUGAAUCUUCGGAUAAGGAAGAAGGCGGGGAUAAAGAAAAGCCCGCAAAACUCAAGCUACCCGAGGCCAAGAAACCUCCGAAGAAACGAAAGCGGAUUUUCAAAGAGGAACUCAUUGGGGACUAUAAGGGUAUAUUGGCCCGCAAGCGCAUGGCCAGUUUAAAUGCCAGUGCCAUUGUGGCAGCCACCUAUGAAGUGGAACGACAUUUGGAUAGGAAUUUGGGACAGCUCAGUGGCUAUGAGACCUAUGAAGAUGAACAGAAGACGCCGAGUAAAAAGUCCAAGGAGGCCAAGGGUAGGGAAGGCAAGGCGGGCAAAACGGCGGGUAAUGUCAGUGCCUCGGCCACAGGUGCGGCAACAGCAUCACCCAGUAAGACAGCCACUCCCGAUGUCACAAGGGAGGCAACUUUAACUGCAGAAGCCAACCCCAGUUCGGUGGUAUCCCGAAGUACUCCCACAAUCAAAGAGACAACAACAAGCACAUCUAUGGAACCUACAACAACUAGCAGCAAUACCACGUCCACGACCACCACCACAACCCCCUCUCCUGUUUCAACAACUCCCUUGAAAACCUCUACUCCUGCUGCCACUGAAACAAAACCCUCCCAAGCCACUCCCAACACACCCACGAAGCUGGAAAAACAACCCACAAAUAUCUGUGAGGAAAGCAAUGAUUCCAAGUAUUCCAAGGAUACCAAAGAAACUAAUACAGAUACAACUACCACCACCACCUCGAGUUCGUCGGGUAGCAGUACCACAACGAGUAGCACAAAAGAGGCCAAGGAUUCAAGUCGUCCCACCUCAUCGAGUGUGGUCAUUGUCCAGGAUACAGAUGUCACCAUCACUGGGGUCUAUGUCAAUUCAAGUUCAGGUGCUGGUCAGGAGGCCUAUUGUAAGAUGCAAUAUCGUGUUCAGUCUAGCGUUACGGAGGAGCGUUUGCUGAGGCCCGGUUCAACGGAGCCACCGCCGAAGUCUUAUACGCCGUUGAGUGCUCUGUCGAGUAUGCUGCCUCCCGGUGCUGCCGGCAGUGGGGCUAGUGAAGGCACUCCAAUUGUCUCACCUCCGCCCACAACUGCCACCUCGCAGGCAACCUCGGCCUCAUCACUGUCAGAGACACUGAAUGCCGCCGCCGGCCUCUACAACCCCGCCGAUUUAGGCAUUCACACUGAACCCAUGGAACAUCAUGGUCCACCGCCUCCUUCCUAUGCGGCGGCAGCAGCAGCUGCAGCUGCUGCCUAUCAUGCACAUCAUAUGUCACCACAUGGCGCUGGCGGGGUGCAUCAUCAGCAUCAAUAUGCCCAUGUGCAUGCCCAUCAUCAGUAUCAACAGGCCGGUGCCGAACAUCAUGGUAUGCCACCGCCGCCUCAUCACUAUGCCGCGGGUCCUCCGCCACCAUCACAUUAUGGGCCGCCACCACCGGGUCAUUGUGAUCCUGGCUCACCGCCGCCGACAUAUCGUGCCAGUAGUGGAUAUCCGAGUAGUGCAACAGGUGUUGCACCAGCGGCACCACCUCCUUCAAGCCAGCCCCCAUUGUCGGCUGGCUUGGGUGGCAGUGCAUUCUGUUCCACAAACAUCCAUCAUCAGCAGCAGUCACAGCAGCAUCAACAACAACAACAUCAGCAGGCACAAGCAGCAGCAGCAGCACAACAGCAGUCGGGAUCUCAGGGCGCAGCAAAUGAAACAAGUGGUGAGUAG